UAAGAAAAAAUUAUAUCAUCUCAACAUUCGAGAACAAAACAGUUAAGAUUUAAAACACUUUCAAAAUGGUUAAAAACAUGUAUUUGUGCUCAGUUCUACUAGCUAUCAUCUCCUGUAAUUAUGUCUCUAUGCAAUUGGAGGGGGUUGUCUCCUUAGGUCCGGACAUGCCGAGAGAUCUUCCAGAUCCUGGCGGUGUAGUCGCAGUAGCCCAAUCAAAUGCUCAAGCAGUAGCUGUUGAUGACGAUGAAGACAGUGAAAAUGGAGGUAUGCUGGAUGACGUACCUGACGCUGGUAGCAUGGUUGGUGUAGAACUGAACAUGCCAGACUCAGUUGGCGUGAUAAACAAACUUACAUCUUUAAUGAACGGAGUUGCACCUCCUUCUAUUCCGGAAACGCCGGAAACGCCUUCAGUACCAUCAGUACCGAAUACAGACUCGAUAACUGAAAUUGUUAAAUCAGUAGCUGGUUCAGGAGGCGAUGCUGAUUCAGAAGCUAAAGCUAAGUCAGAAGCUAAAGCUAGUUCAGAUGAAGGAUCUGGAUCUAGUUCAGGUGGUGGAGCUAGUUCAGAAGCUAAAGCUAAAUCAGAAGCUAAAUCUGGUUCAGGUGGUGGAGCUAGCUCAGAAGGUGGUGCAAGUUCAGAAGCUAAAGCUAAAUCAGAAGCUGAAUCUAGUUCAGGUGGUGGAGCUGGAUCUAGUUCAAGUGCUGGUGGUGGUACUGCUAACAGCUCAAGUGCAAACACCGAUACCGUCUCAAAAACCGAAUCCACCACAAAUAAUGAAUCAACCACAAAUAAUGAAUCAACCACAAAUAAUGAAUCAACCACAACUAAUGAAUCAAACACCAAGACUGUUGCAAAUACUAACGCUGGCGGUAAUUCAGGUUCAGAAAAUAGUGAAGCAGUAAAUUCAGCUUCAGCUUCAGAUUCAUCAUCAGGAACCAAAUCAUCUAGUAACUCAGCACCAGAAACCCCUGGUUCAGCCGCUCCAGCACCAGGCGCUCCUGGUUCACCCGCUUUAGCACCAGGCGCUCCUGGUUCACCCGCUCCAGCACCAGCAGCUCCUGGUUCACCCGCUUCAGCACCAGAAACCCCUGGUUCAGCCGCUCCAGCACCAGCAGUUCCUGGUUCACCCGCUCCAGCACCAGGCGCUCCUGGUUCAUCCGCUUUAGCACCAGGCGCUCCUGGUUCACCCGCUUUAGCACCAGGCGCUCCUGGUUCACCCGCUCCAGCACCAGCAGCUCCUGGUUCACCCGCUCCAGCACCAGGCACUCCUGGUUCACCCGCUCCAGCACCAGCAGCUCCUGGCUCACCCGCUCCAGCACCAGGCGCUCCUGGUUCACCCGCUCCAGCAACAUCACCAACUAAUGAAUCACCCGCUUCAAGUUCAGCAGCAGCAUCAGCAACAUCAGCAGCUUCCUCUGGUUCACCUGCUCCAGCACCAGCAGCUCCUGGUGCACCCGCUCCAGCAACAUCACCAACUAAUGAAUCAUCCGCUUCAAGUUCAGCAGCAGCAUCAGCAACAUCAGCAGCAUCCUCUGGUUCACCUACUCCAGCAACAUCACCAAACAAAAAAUCUGGCUCUGGCUCAGAAGCUAGUAAAGGCAAAAGCAAUUCAGGAGGUAGCUCGGGUGGUAAAUCAACUGCCAAAUCUAAUGCAAACUCUUCAGCUAACGCAGGUAAAGGUAAUAGUAAAAAUGCUAAAGGAAAGGGAGGAAAAGGUGGAUCAUCCGCUACUUCAGCAGCUUCAGCUGCAGCAAGCUCCGGAUCAAAAGGAAACCCCACUGGCAAAGGCAAGAGUGGGUCUGGUUCACAUGCAACUGAUAAAUCAAUGAUUAACAUUGAUGUACCUAUGACUGGAAUUCAUAUGAAAAUGUAAAUGCUGAAUUCAUAUUUUCGUCAUAAUCUUUUCUGUAACAAUGAAAUAAAUAAGUUAAAAUAAGCAAAA